CCUCCAACUGGCGGCGUGGGAUGUGUCACAUCGUCUGCUACCCGGGACGAAACGAAAACGAAGUGAACGAAACGUACACUUGUUGUUUCGAAAGAAUGAAAGUAUUAGAACUCUUUAGUGGCAUUGGAGGAAUGCACUAUGCAUGUCAAGAAAGUGGCAUACCUUAUGAAGUGGUUGCUGCAGCUGAUAUCAACACAAUUGCCAAUGAGGUUUACAGACAUAAUUUUCCGUCCGUUCCAUUGAUAUGCCGAAAUAUUCAGUCUCUCACUGCAUCCGAAAUCAACAAACUGGCACCAGAUAUGUUAUUAAUGAGUCCACCGUGUCAGCCGUUCACUAGAGUUGGCCUGAAGAAAGAUGUUUCUGAUCAUCGAACUUGUGCCCUUCUACAUAUUAUAUCUUUACUUGAAGAUCUUCAAAAUUUGAAUUACAUUCUGGUAGAGAAUGUGAAAGGAUUUGAAUCAUCUGAAUCAAGAAAUCAACUAGUAUAUGCACUCGAAAAGCAGAAUUUUGUGGUUCAAGAAUUCUUGCUAAGUCCAAUGCAGUUUGGUAUUCCAAACUCUAGACUUCGGUACUAUUUGCUUGCCAAGAGAGUUGUCAAGUCUGUUGAAAAAGAGACAUUUUGCUUCAAAAACGUUUCUUUGAUGACAGAAUUUCCGGUAUCUCUCGAUCAUGGUAAGACUACACAAAGAAUACUUGAAAAGCUGAAUAUAAAACACAGGAAAAUGGCUGAGGAAGAUGAACUUAUUGAAAAUGAGAACAGAGUUCCAUCAGAUGGUGGAGUAGUGCACCCACCAUGUUAUACCAUACAGAGAAUAUUGGAAGAAGAAAAUCCCGAAAAUCCAAGGGUCAGAGAUUUUUUACUGCCAGACAAUGUUUUAGGGAAGCGCUCUGUAGUUCUAGAUAUUGUCACACCAUUGUCUAAACGAUCUUGUUGUUUCACCAAAGCUUAUGGACAUUAUUCUGAUGGUACUGGAUCUGUUCUUACAACAUGGAAAUUGGCUGACGUCCACGAGCUUAGGGCAAAUAACAGAAAUCUAUCUCUUGAUAGUGAAGAACAAAUUCUUGAUAUGAAAAGAUUGCAGUUACGUUAUUUUACACCUAGAGAAGUAGCAAGAUUGAUGUGCUUCCCUGAGCACUUCACUUUUCCGGAUAAAACUACGCUGAAGCAAAAAUAUAGGUUGCUGGGGAACAGUGUUAAUGUUCAUGUAAUAUCCCUCCUAAUAGCUGUUAUGACUUCAUGAUGAUACAAUAAAAUGAAAUAAAUACCAAUAUUUGUUUAAAAAAGACAAAAAA